AUGUUCGCGAAUGCGCCUCGUCGUUGGCCGCCCGUCGUGAAUCCCCCCGCGCCCCGUCGCACAGACUGGUCGCUCUUGUCUUCCGACCUUCAGUUUAUUUAUCUCGACCCCGUGCUGGCACACCAUCUUGACACGGAGGCGGACCUUCUCGUCGGAAAAUCGCUUUUAGCGUUUGUCCACCCAGAGGAACAACAGACAGCGAAGCAGGACCUUGGCAGCGUUCUCGAGAGCAAGACUCUGCAUGGCUCCGUCACCCGUGUACGCUUUCUUCGCCUCUCUGGCGUUCGAAGGAAACUCGGAUACGCCGGCUCGCCAGUGUCCUGGUCAGAGGCUGACAGAAUCGCCUUGGACAACGACUACAUGGCGGUGGAUAUAGUCAUCAACUGGGCAGCUGAAGGCCUCGUGCUUUGCUUCAUUCACGCGUCGAUGGACCUAUCUCCGAACGAUAAUGAUGAAGUUCACAAGACGGAGUGGUCGAAUUGGUGCGAAACGCCUAUGAUGGCCAAUGACCAGAUCGACUUGCUUUUGAGCCGGCUACUUGUUUGCAUUCCUCAGACGGGCAACAUGAAUAGGGUCUUCCAAAUCCUUGCAAACCAACCCGACAAGCAUCUGUUAUUAAGCUGGCCCCCGGGACCGUCCCAGUCUUCAGAAGCAACGAGUCUCGACUUUGCCAAACUCGUGGAGACCGUCAGCAUGGACAUGGGUGUUCCCGGUGCAAGCGAUGCUAAAACGAGUUGUACACGCAGGUAUAAAGCAUUGCACAACACGCCCAUAUUUGGAGGGGAGGUCGAAAGGUGCAUCAUCUUUGCUUGUCAUAAAGUCAACCCUUGCUCUCGAAACACCACGAAUCCGACCGCAGCCAUGAAUCAACUAGCUUUCGCUGCCCCUGCAUAUAAUCCCCAGCCAGUCUCGUCGUAUUACGACCAGUCCAGUCCCUACCCUGUUCCACCUUUGUCCAGCCAGGAUAACUACGCCAAAGCCUACAUGUCGCAAGCUGGCCAGGGAACACAAGCCCCUUAUCCUCCCCCUCAGCGAUGGUCCCAGGCGAUGCCGCCUCCGAUGAACAAUAUGCGCUCCAACUCAUACAUUUCCCCCACCCAGGACCAAUCCAAUGCCGCUUGGCAGCAGGCACCCCCGCCUCAGCCGACGUAUCUGGACACAGUGUCCUCGCAGGCACCCUCUUUUAAUCGACCCCUAUCACCUUCCUACACCUAUUCCCCGACGACACCGAGCAGCGCCAAUACGUCUCCGACGUCUGACAUCGUACCUCCUCCUCGGCGACGCAUUAGUCCAACCGCAGGAAAGGAGUUCUCAGGUCCUACCCGCACCGCAAGCAAUCGGCCAGCGGGGAUCCUCAAAUGCUCGAGCUGCAAGGCCACCUCAAGCCCAGAAUGGCGGAAAGGACCCAGUGGCAAGAAGGAGCUCUGCAACGCCUGUGGAUUGCGAUAUGCCCGCUCCCGGGCCAAGAAAGAGGGUCAAGGACAAGGACAAAGGCGUCGUAAAGAUAAACCGACUAUUCUCAAACGAGAGACCGGGUCGUCUCCGGUCAAUGCGACUUCGCCCUAUGCGACCAUUCGAAGAAACUUUGCAGAUGGUGUUUUUCCGGCUGCCCCUCCUGUUUCCGGGAACGAGAUCUUUUCUCCAUCGGGCGGUCAGGUGUUAGAGAAAUUGACGCCGUCGCCGUCGCCACCUUCAUCAAACAUGCCUCCUCCAUCCGGUAUGAACUUCGUGCAUUACGCUCCGACCAGUGACAACAGGUCAUCCUAUUCGAACAAUUAUUAUCCUACGCCUUCCCCCUUGUCCAACCCCCCAUAUUCGGCACAGACUGAUGCGUCCACGAUGACCUCUACGGCUUCCAGCAACCAUAACAUCAACCAACUUCCUCCUUUGGUCCAGAUCUCCAAUUACACUGGUCGGCUUUCCCCGCUCAUUCCAUCCCCGCCUCUUAAUUCGCAGCAGCCCUCCCCUGGAGGAAUCAUUCCAGUGCCUUCUUCGGAACGCAGCAGGGAAAGGGACCGAGACUACCAUGACCUUCCCCCAACCCCGCUUUCCGCCGAGCCACGAUCGUUAAAGCGGUCAUUCCGCAACAGCAGUAGGUGA